AUGAUUCAAAUUGCAAAAGAUACUUUGAUGAGUGCUCAAGAAAGACAAGCAAAAUACUCUAAUCAAAGUCGACGUUAUGAAGAAUACAAAAAUUUACCAGAAAAUUUAAAAAUCCAUCCUGUUUUUCAUGUUUCUUUACUAAAACAUUACCAAGAAACAUCUGACAAUUUCAAUCGACCCACACCAACACCAGCAAUCAUUAUUCCUGGAAUAGAAGAAGAAGAAUAUGAAGUAAAAAACAUCCUUGGUUAUCCAUUAGAUGAUGCAACUUGGAAACCUGCUGAACAUUUAAAGAAUGCGGAAAGAAAAGUUAAAGAAUUUGAAUUGACAAGGACGUCAAAACUUAGGGAGGGGAGAAU